CGCCAACGCCUCGGUGGGAAGCAGAGAUGAAUCCUGUGACACGUGUACGGAAUCCGACUCUGUUCUAGGGGGACCCAGACGAGGUCCCAGGAUAAACGGCCACAGUCACCUCCGACAUGACCGCCAUCGACAUCCAGCGGGAAUGUACGACGCCUCCACAGUACUUAGUAGUGACCUGGAGUCUACCAGUUUCAUGGAUUCUGAAGAAGACACAGCAAGCAG